AUGGCGGGUGACCUGUUCUUCUUCGCCUUGCUGCUUGAUUCAGAGGGCCAGCUGACUUUGUGUGACGGUCUGCUCUGCUGCCACCUGCAAUACCAACGGUCCACACAGGGUGGCAAUACGGAGCUCUAUGCUCUUGGGGUGUUCGCUGGCAGUCACACGUUUGCGGGACACUUCACCUUGCAGGUGUGUGCGUUGGUCCGGUGCUCGGGGUCAGAGGUCAGCUCCUGUGGAAAGGGAGUGGAGGAGGCAGAGUCUAGAGUGGACUUCCGGUUGGAGGGGAAGUUCGGAACACGUUACGUUUACCCAUCGUUGCUAGGUAGUGGCAUGGUUGUAGAUGGACCCGACCGGAUCGAGAAGACCAAAGAUGGUCGAGUGACUAUGGAACACUCAGGGAUGUCCGUCGGACUGGUGACUGCAUGUCUCUACGGCAGGGUGUACGACCAGGACUAGGGUGCGUGUGUGUGUGAGUCUGCGAGAGAGAAAAUAAAGUAAAUCAAUGUUCUCCAACCUCUUUGUUCUCUAGGAGACAGAACGCAUCUCCUUCCUGAGCGGUAGGACGGUUGCGUGGUCCCCAUGGUGUUUAUACUUGUGUAUUAU